ACGGGCCGUGGUAAUUAAGAGUUGAAAGUUACUACUCCUACGAACGAAAUAUCUCUGUGCCCCUUACUUCUCUUUGAGGAGACUUCGACAAUUGAUUGGUCAGACGCUGCGAGUUCCCAUACGCGGGUCACAUCAACGUAUAACCCAAACAUGAAUAUUUGGAGAUGUAUAGAUACAGAUCAACAGGCUGGAGUUGUGCCAUUUGCAAUCAGUCUGUUCAGUUCGCUGUUGAGUUUUUUGGGUGGCACAAUUUUCUUCCAUGGAGCUGUUGGUGUAGGUGCAAACAUCGCUGUUGUUGCUUGGAUCGGUUUCCUCAUCAUAUACCUACCCGCAAUCUAUCUAUACUUCACUCGUUGGACAGCUAGAAGAAUGGGCGCGCGAGGGAAGGCAUUGUUUAUACUCGUCGUGGUCAUUGCAGCCUGGGUUUGGGCGCAUAUGAUAUCCUGGAAGAACGCAGCUGCAGGAAUUGCAGGCAUAUUCUUUGGACCUACCGUUGUAGUGCAUCUUCUCCAGGUUCUGAUCUUUGGCCUAGGUGGCCACCCGCAACCCGUCGAGGGACACGACGCAGCGACAGUGGAUGGAGGGGCCUUCGCAAUGCAGCCUUUCCCUCCAGUUUAAUACGGUUCCAUUCGAUUUCAGUCCAUCCGCCCGAGCCCAUUAUUCUCUCUCUCUCUCCACGAGUUUAUUACGCCAAUCGACGGAGCAUCUUGGGAGAACAGACAUUCACGCCAUU